CUACUGGAGUAACAACGUGCUGCCCAGCCUGCCCACCACGUGGUUCCUCCCACACCUCAAGGACUUCCUCGUCAGCAACUGUUCGCUACCACCCCAGCCGCUGCCAUCCUUCCCGCUCUCUGCCGGCCUCGCCAACCUCGACCUGAGCAGCAACAACUUCACAGGCGCCAUCCCCUCAACGCUCUUCCAGCAAAACCCCAACCUCAUCAACCUCAAUCUGGCGAACAACAUGCUCACUGACCACCUGCCUCAGCUCGUCACCAAUGCCACCCGACUGCAAUCCCUCUUUCUAGCGGACAACAACCUGACGGGCGCCAUUCCCGACAUGUCGGGGCUGACGAGCCUGGUGGCGCUCUCCCUCUUCGACAACGACUUCACUGCCGUGCCGCCCCGCCUGCUCAACCACACCAACGUCACUCUGCAGCUGUACGGCAAUGACCUGUGCAAGCCCUUCCGCAUGGAGAUCGCGCAGCAGUGCUCUCCGCCGCGCCCGCUCACGCAGUUCACGGCGCAAGCCAUCUGCCCGCAGCUCGCGUGCGACAGCGACCUCUACCGCGCCAGCCAGCCGCUCUUCCUGGCCAGCAGCGAGUGCGUGUGCGUGUCACCGCUGCGCACCGACCUGGGGCUCUACCUCACGGACCUUGUGGUGUUCACGGCGGACCUCGUCGCGAGCCUGGAGGAGCGGCUGUAUGCGCAGCUCACCAGCCGGGCACACAUCAACAUCACCCGCGACCAGCGCUUCCCACCCCUCAUUCCUCCUCCCACCUUCCAAACCCUCAUGUCCCAUCCCUCCCCUCCCACCCCACAGGUGCAAGUGACGGGCAUCAGCAGCCGCGCUUCCCUCGCCUCACUGGCGUCAACAUUCGCGUCGGACCACACCACACACGAGUCCACGCUCAUCAUCACCGCUCUCUUCUUCCCGCCCGCCGGUGACGACUCCUGGCUGCCAAGCGACACGCCACGAGCCAUCCGUGCUGCCCUGUCCACGCGCGACCCAUGGCUGCGCGUCAGCCUGGACGAGUUUGGAUCUUAUCGUGUUGAGGCUUUCUACGGCCCCGCUCCCCUCAUCGGGGCUGAGCACGUGGUCAUUGCUGUGUUCUGUGCCUCCAUCGCCUCAAUAUUCCCCUCCCCCCGCCCACACCACACCACACCACAUCCCGCAGCGUACACGCCCCCCGAGCAGCCGUCAUCGGGGCUGAGCACUGGAGCCAUCGUGGCCAUUGCUGUGUGCGGCGCCACUCUUGUCAUCACUCUCGUGCUCGUGCUGCUCUUCCGCCCCUGGGAGAAGCGAGGGUGGAGCCACGCGGACUACGAGGCGCUGGAGGGCAUCAACCUGGGGCACGCGCGGCGCUACUCACUGCAGCAGCUGCACGACGCCACCAAUGGCUUUGACGACCAGCUGCUGCUCGGGCAGGGCGGAUUCGGCAAGGCGUCUUCUGUCGCGUAUGAUGUAGUGGCGGGCUCCAAUCCCGUCUCCUUUACAUUGCAUGAGCAGCGCCCGCACCAAAUCUAUGAGGAUCAACCCCCCUCCUCCCCCCUUUGUCCCCCUCAGGUGUACAGAGGGGAGCUGAACGGUGAGGCAGUGGCGAUAAAGAAGGCGACGGAGAAGCGCCGGCAUGACGGGGCGGACUUCAAGAACGAGAUCGAGCUGCUCACAGCGGUGUCGCACAGCAACCUCGUGCGGCUCACGGGGUUCUGCGUGGAGAAUGACGAGCAGCUGCUGGUGUUUGAGUUCAUGGAGGGGGGCGCGCUGGAUGCCUGGAUCAAAGGCAAGAUGGGUCGCAUGCUGACGUGGCGGGAGCGGAUGCGCAUUGCGCUGAACGCGGCGAGUGCGCUGCACUACCUGCACCGCGAGAUGCGGCCUGCCAUCGUGCACCACGACAUCAAGCCGCCAAACAUCCUGCUGACAGCAGCGCUGGAGGCGAAGGUGGCGGACUUCGGCACGUCCAAGUCCAUGCCUGAGCGGGGCGAGCUCAUGCCCGAUGAGAUCGUGGGCAGCAUGGGCUACAUCGACCCCUACUUCGUGCAUUCAGGCGUGUUGACGGAGAGCAGUGACGUGUACAGCUUCGGCGUGGUGCUGCUGCAGCUGGCCACGGGGCAGCCAGCGCUCAUCCAGCACGUGCCGCUCAGCCAGUGGGAGGAAGGGGGAGUGAGUGCGGGGGAGAUGGUGGCGGGGCUGGAGGAGACGUUCAGCACGUUCCUGCGCAUCGCGCUGUGGUGCACCGCGCAGCACCCCACGCUUCGUCCCGACAUGGAGCAGGUGGUGUCGGCACUGCGCAGCAUCCGGGACCAGCUGGGGAUGGCUGGUGCUGGCAGCAGCAGGAGCCCGCGUGGGACCCCCAGUGGGUUCACCACGCCCUCGUCGUUCCACGGGUCGCUGCCUCCCCUUGACGCCAGCGCAUUCAGCAGCCCCAGCGUGACGGAGGAGCAGAGCAUGAGCGGCACACAGGAGUACACGUGGAGCGAUUACAGCGUCUCACACGGGCCUGCUUCUCAUCCCGGCUAUCCCCCUGCUACCUCUGCUGCUGGUGGUGGCGGUGGUGAAGCAUCACCAGGGGCCCACAGGCAGCAAGCGGCGCAGCAGCAGCAGCAGCAGCAGCAGCAGCAGCAGGGUACGGCACGAGGGGCGGGUGGAUUGGCUCCCUUGUGGGGCCCUGGGCUUGUCGGUGGGGUGCACCCCCCUCCAUCCAGUGCCGCCCAGGGGGGUGGAGCGAUAGGAAGGGGGUACGCUGGGGGCGUGUCUGGUGCAGGAGGUGGAGUCACAGACGAGGAACAAGGGCACACUGACACGAUGACAGGGCCGCGAGCUCGGUAG